CUCUCCCCUAGUAUUCUAGACUGAAUAGAUCAGAAUUUCUCUCAAGGAAAAUGACCCAUACCGAGGUUGUGGGUGCGAACAGGACCCAGGAGCACUAUGCCAACAUCGCCUUGAACAAGUUAGCAAUUGCAACGUGAGAGGAAUCGAGAACCGAUUCAGAGUAGAAAUUAAGAACAGUCAAUUAAGUGGCGUCGAUGCCAUCAUUCGAGAGGACGAGAGAACGAAACUACUGCCACUGACGGAAGCAAGGACUUCACGUCCUUCAUUGAUGGUACAUAGAAGGCAAACUGCCGCAAAUACACGUUUCUGAUAUGCCCGUCUUUGAAGUCUGGAAUUUCAUCGACUCCUUCAUGUGAACCCCUUGAAUUCACACCAUUGUCAAACCUGAAAUGAGGUUUACUUCGAAAAUUGAAAUUCGAACUCUCUUUCGGCGCUGGCUACCGACCGAUCUAUUGUGGCAUUUAGUGGGGUCUCUUGAAUAGCGUCCGGAGCUCAGUACGUGAGCAAGAAUCGAAGACGAAGGGCCUUCCUGCUCACACAUUCCGGGGGUUUUCACACUUAGAGUUCACAUCGCAUUGCAGCUCAUUUGGUCAUUUUCUGGACUGUGAGGGAGCUAUGGAUGUGCGGAGGAGGAACCGCCAUGGGCUCGAAUAUGGAGGUGAAAUAAACAUCGAUGAUCUCCAACCGCGAGCAGUUGCCCCGCCUCCGAAAUGGAGGCGUGUAGUGGAGAAUUCCCUUUGGUUGUCUGCCGCAUCGUAUAUCCUGUAUUACGGAGACUCGCACUCCAACUUCUUCACAGUGCUCACCUCCAAUCCACGAAUAGUCAGGAGACCCUUCUUUGUGGGGUUGAUAUGUGUAGGCAUCAACACACUAAUAUUCUUCUAUUUAGCUGUGUGGCUACGUCAUGUAAAGAAAAAGGAUGACGAUUGGGAAGAAAUUGCUCCGGGAGCCAUUCCUACAGCGACAAUACUGGGCGUAGCUGCGUUCUUGAUGUUUAUCUUCGCCCUAUGGCCUGUCUGGGGUUUCUUGACCAUUCCAUUGUUGGUGACUCUUUUCAUGGCCUUCGUCAUUAUUUCCCCUUACCUGCCCCCUUACAAGAAAACCAACAAGGAUGGAUCUCGGGCAGAUUGAGCGGAUGGAUAAUUUUCCUCUGCUUCCAGGUAGUUGAUCUUUCUACAUUUUACAGGUCUUCAGAGGUGUAAGUGCUUCACCGUCUGGUAUUGUUGAUGAACGACGCUUCCGUUUGACAUUCUGUCAUGUGGUAGUGCUGAAAUAGCUGCAAUUCGUCUUUCUGACGCGUCUGAUACAAGCGUUUUGAGACCUUAUAGUGAUCCAUCCUGCUGAUCCAAGCUAGUCGAUCAAAUGGUUGUAAAUGAUUUGUACCCUGGCCUGCAUGUAUAAAAGUUGGUUAACACUGAGAUCAUACGAGCUCAACCGACGUAAACAGUGUACAAGUGUGACAUGUUGUCAUUUC